AUGACGGCAGAGCAGGUUGAGCGGCUACUCGGUGCAGUUGAUGUGAGUAAAGCCACAGGCCCGGAUGACGUCAGCCCACGGCUCCUCAAGCACUGCGCUAGAGAGCUGUCAGCUCCUCUCACCACCGUCUUCGCAUCUUGCCUGAGGGAAGUGCGUGUGGUCCACAAGAAAACUCAAGUGGUUGGCAAGUUGCUGGAGCAAAUAGUGUCUGCUGUCAUUUGCCAACACAUGAGCGAGAACCACCUCCUCUCAGACAGGCAAUUUGGCUUCGGGCCUGGCCGAUCCACCGCAGACCUCCUCCUCAUCCUCUCCAAGGACUGGCAAAACAUCCUGGAAGAAGGCCUGGACACCCUUGUGGUGGCCCUGGACAUUGCUGGGGCUUUCGACAGGGUCUGGCACGCGGGGCUCGUUGAAAAGCUUCGCGCCAAGAGUGUUCAAGCUGUCAUCUGUGGCAGCAUAAGCCAGCGACUGCACACUCUCCCGCUCCUACUGCUGCCUCGACAGUCAACGUGCCGUCACUGA